CUGUUCUGUUGUCAUCUGCAUCUGAUACAAGAUUGAAGUGAAGAUCUGGAUGUUCGCGUACUGUGGGUCUGUCAACGCCGUCGUUCGUUGUGUCAAGUUGUGAUCUGAUUGUUAUUGUUGUGUUCUUAUCAUGAAAAUAGUGGAUUUUAUUGCCUUGUUAUCCCAACUCAAUUAGUAACAGUAACGUAAAUGUUUCGUUGAAAUUCGUUGGUUUGUUCGGAGUGAGUGUUCAGCCUGAAAGGUGAAUUCUGGUUUCUACAACUAUCUUCUUUCAUGGGUCGAUUACAAGGAAUUUGCCUGAUAUUAAAUGCACCUAACAUGUUUACCAGUCAACAAAUCUUUAAAAAUUGACAUUUUUAUAACAAUAAUGAGAAAUGGGAUAUGGCGAAGGUUGUGUCAAAUAUGAGCUGUCAGUUAUCAAACCAGUUUACCCGGUCCUUAGAAAAAAUACUAGAAGAAGCACACCUAAGUGGAGAACUAAGACUAAGUGGAAGAAAGUUAAAAGAUUUUCCUAGAACUGGUGGAAAAUAUGAUCUCUCAGAUACAGUUAUUGCAGAUCUGUCCAAGAACCGAUUCUGGGAGUUGCCUGUGGAGGUGACCAAGUUCUGGUCGCUGGAGAAACUCCAGUGUUACCACAACGCGAUCCGUUCAGUGCCUGAGUCCGUUGUCUUCCUGCAGUCCCUCGUCUACCUGGAUCUCAGCCGAAAUCACCUGAGUAGCUUGCCAGCGGCUCUGUGUCAGCUGCCGCUGGAGAUCCUGCUGGUGUCCAACAAUAGACUGACAGCGUUGCCCGAGGACAUCGGCCGCUGCAAGAGCCUCAUGGAGUUUGAUGUUAGUUGUAACCAGAUCACACAUUUGCCUCCUCAGCUGGGACAGUUGUCGCGCCUGAGGGUCCUCAACGUGAGGAACAACCUCGUCUUAGAGUUACCCAUAGAAGUAACGUACCUGAAGCUAAUCCAAAUGGAUCUCAGUGAAAAUCGGAUAGCAACUCUACCGCUGGAACUGCGCAACAUGAGCUCCCUGGUCAGCCUAGAGCUCGCCCACAACCCCCUCGUCUCGCCCCCUGCCAGCAUUUGUGUGCGAGGGAGGAUACACGUUUUUAAGUACCUUGAGCUUCGGUCGGCGAAGGAGGACAAGGUGCGGUGGCGUGGUGAGGACAAGCGAGUGGGGCGCAAACUGAGCGAGCUGCGAGCCCGCCAACGACAGGAGCGGGAGAGGCGACACAAUGGUGGUACCUCUACUCCCUCCACCAUCAGCCCCGGAGACUCCAGCAUCAACAACUCUGACGAGACAUUGAAUGAGCUCGGGAAGAAGAGGUUAGAAAGGUCAAGUUCCGAGCGAGAAGUCAGUCGGCAGAACAGCUCCGAGAGUGGGAUAAAAUCUCUGUCCAGCUCAAGCCUGGGGUCGAGGUUCAGCAAGAGUGGUCAGUCUGUGAACGGGUUGGGCACGGCUCUGUCACCUGCUGUAGAGCCGACUCCUACUGGUAACGGCCUGGACAUGGACACAAGACCCUUCCAGCACGUCCAGUCCUACAAGGAAUACAAGGAAGCUCUACGGCAGCAGCGAGUCCAGGACAACGUGUACAAGAGCAGGCAGAGUUCUGACGAGCAUACUCCCUCGCCCCCUUCGUACAACAACAACCACAUCAACGAGGCUGACUCUAAGAGUGAUACGAGUCCAAGUCCCUGUCAGGAUAAGAGGCCAGUGCAGAAGGUCAUUCCCUCUCGUAACCUCAACUACACCCCUCCUCCUCCCCCGACCACACAAGACAGUUCUACGACGGUGAAUGGUUGCACUACGACGUACGUGAAGCCACCUGCGCCUCAGCUGUUGACAACAAGCCUGGGCUACGUGGGGAGCAACACGGCACCACCUCGACCGAUGGCCUGGAACCGCAACGUGCCGCCUGACAAGCUCAGCUUCACCAUGCGUCGGGAGUUCGAGAAAGCCAAGGAAGAGGCUGAGCUUAUACAGCAACUUCGAACGAAUAUUGAGACCAGACUGAAGAUGUCGCUGCCAGCGGACCUGGCCCCAGCUCUGAGUGACGGGGUGGUUUUGUGUCAUCUGGCAAACCACGUCAGGCCUCGCUCUGUCGCUAGCAUCCAUGUCCCCUCUCCUGCUGUUCCUAAACUGACAACACCGAGGUGCCGACGGAAUGUUGACAACUUUCUUGAGGCCUGUCGUAGGAUAGGAGUUGAAGAGGCGGCGCUGUGCGACCGCGAGCACAUCGUAGAGGGCGGGGGGAUGUUAGAGUUGUCCCGCACCGUGCGCUGCCUGUUACAAGUGGCUGAUGCGCCCCCGCCCACCCCCACCACCCUCUCCACCGCUCUCUGUGCUGCUCUCUUGCUCCUCACACUGCUCCUUCUGUACGUCUUCCCGCCGCCCGAUUGAGAUCAGUCAGAGAGAUGCCUUCAUCGAUUCCGAUUGUCCGCUAUUUUUACAUCAUAAGUAGAUGUAGAAGGUUUCAUCACUUCUCGAAUAUUGUUGAUCAAUGCACCAUUUGCUUCAAAAUGUACUCAGAUCUAAUAGACGGUAGUAAACCUUUAAUGUAGCGGACCAUAAAAAUGUUAGUUUCAGUUUCUGUGUUGGUAUUGAUUUAUAAAAUGUUAUUGUAAUUGUAAUCACAUUUAAUCACAGUAAUCACAAGCUGUAACAGUGUAAACUUCAUUGUUUGUUUAAUCUAUAACGAUUUUGAUUUUGUGAAUCAUUGUUAAAACAUUCCUUGUGCAUUUGUAGACGUUUUUUCAAGUCUGAUUUGGCAUUUUGAACAAAACUAUGUCUUUAUUAUGUAGUAUGUUUGUUUACAUAAGUUUUUGUGAUGUUAUAAUUAAAAAUUAUUGUUGGAACAAAUUUAAAGUUUCAAGUAUUCUUUAAUUUUUUAACUGUCACACAGAAUGCCUUUACUUUAUUUAGAGGCUAGUUUUGAUCAGAUAUAAUUAUCCACAAAUAUUUAUAGAAAGUAGAUAAUGUUCUUCAAACUUCUUAUUGUAUAAUGUUUGUUCAUGGAAAAAUAUUAAAUGAAAACAAUAAGAUUAAUUUUCAUGCUCAAGAUUUUUGAAAAGACCGAUUUUACACAGUCUUAAUAUAUUGCAAUAUAGUCAUUAUAGAUAUUCAUUAAUCAAUUUAGUAACUAGUAAAGACAUAAAAAUAUAAACUGGAUUUUUUUUUAUUGAUGUACUGAAUAAAUUAGUCAAAAGUGGGUUAGUGGGGGGAAGGUUGGAUAUAAUACUGUUAAUUAGAUUCCUGUUGUGUGUAUGACAGGGGUUCCCAAAAGUUGUGCACAGUGCAUCAUAAUUGUCUCACUUGGUUUUCACUAAAUAGGCUACUUAUUUUGGCAUGAGAUGCUAUUGCCUGUUGGGGUUGAAAUCACUUCAGCAGCUCAUGACAAAUAUAUUUUAUAGAUUGUUCCUUUUCAUUUGCCAAAAUCCAUGGAAAUCAACUUGUUUAAAUUUUGAAUGAACUAAAAUUAUCAGUUAUAACAGGCAAGUGCAUGCUGUGAUAGUAAGUUCAUAACUGGUAUGCUGUAUAUUAUAUUCAAUCAGGUUAUGAACCGCUGGAGUCUGUUUAACUCAACGUUAGAUGUGUAUUGUCCACAUGUUUAGUCCAAUCAUACUCUUAUCAUACCAUCUUGUUUGAACAUUAAGCAUGUAUUAAUGAGUAUUUCAUUGGAUUUACGACUCCAUUGUCCGUCAAAAACUUGACAACUACGCUCUGUACAUACACUUGUCUAAUUCUACCAAGACCCCCUUCCUACCCACAUACUCACACUAAUGUUCCUUCUUGGUUAAUUGCUUCAUUCAGUAUAUCAAUCAUAGGCACAACUAUCUGGCUUAUUUUGAAAUUACAUCAAGCAGAAUUUUAUUUUGCAAUAUUUAAUUUUUUUCUCUACCACAUCACUAGGUGUAGGUAGUGUCUUUAAUUUUCCAGGAGUGUUUGUAUAGAAAGACCAGUUUUUGGGACCAAUUUUCAGUUACGUAUGUAAUUAUUAAUUUUUUUGUAUUUUAAGUGAAUCUACUUUUGAAGUCGAGAUUUAAAAUGUUUAUUAAAUUGUGGUUGUUUUUUUAAUAUUUUUAAGUUCAGUUUAGAUUUUAAAUUUUUGUGAUGUGAAGAUAAGAUAACAUCACUGAAAGGCUGUUUUUAUCACAUGAGUGUAUGUAACAUUUGGAUUUUGUAAUAGGUAGAGAGCAGUGUCUAGCAUAGUUUUUUUGUAAUGGUUCGGUAAUAAUGAUCGAGCAUUGUAACAUGUACGACUAGGGAGUAACAUAUAUCUCAUACUUCCAUUAAGAUUGUUAUGUGGUUUUGAAGCUUUUGAUUGUGUAGUUUCAUAUCACACAAAUUAUGUUUUACGUAAAUUGUAAUUAAUUUGAUUGAUACACUUUAACCCACAUUCCAUAAAUUUACAGAUGAAAUUCACUGUUAUGAUUUUAAACCUUAAUUACAAGAAUCAUCCUAUUUGCCAAAGUGUACAUCGUAUUAUUGAUUAUAUACUGUGGUAUUGAAUAAGAUUUCUGUAAUCUACGAAUAAUUAAUUAGAAUUACUAUACAAAUUUUCUUAGGACUAUUUUUGUUUCGAUCAAAAAUGCUGUUACUUUAUUCAGUAUUGCUUCAUAGAUUAUUGUUAGAAUAUUUUCAACAGCUUCUUUCUACUUUAUAAUUUGUUAACUUGGAAUAAGUCUUAGAAUUCUCUUCAAGAUUGUGCUUUACUAAUACUUUCAACUUCAGUCUUUUACUUCUAAAGUAUGACACAAUUUGUAGACACUUUUUAUCAUAUUUUAAUUUUAAUUUCUGAAAAAUUAGACACUUUUUAAUUUUAGGGUUUUUUUAAUUGUUAACGUACAUUUUUAGUAACUUAGGAAUCAUAAUUUUUAUAGGAAAUGAAUGAUUCUUGUCUGAUUAAUGUUGAAAAUGAAAGAAUAUUAUGUACCGUAAGUUAACUUUUAGUAAACAACUAAGGAGUUUUAAGAAAUACUUUGUUUCCAUUAUUCUUACUUGUACAUAUUGUGAUUUUGUGUUCUAUGCUGUGUUCAUCUUCUCCAAAAAUUAGAACUAAGGUGUAUGUCAGGUCAUAACCAGACAUCUGGCAUUGUACAGUAUUGUGUCUAGUGGCCUUGAACAAAGAUCAGGUAGAUUACCAAGAGUUGAUGUCAGUGAAUCUUACAAUAGGAUGAGUUUGCAUCUUCUUCAUAGUUAAAUGUAAUAUAGUUUACACAGGCCUAAAUCCUUCCGUAUUCUUUAUUUACUAUUAGAUAAAAUUAACAUGUGAGCCUAUACAAGAUAAUAUUGUGUUAAUUUCCUAUAUGCUGAUUUGAUACCAAACAUGUUGGGAGAAGUAAAACCUUUUAUUGGUACUUUGAUCUGAUAGAGUAUUCUGUGGUUAAUAUAUUAAUUUAAUAUCAGUACUUAAAUUCAUGCAAAUAAAAAUUUCAGUAUGUUGUGUAAGAUUUUAUUAUAAUUAAAUAUAUUUAGUCAAAUUUUAAACU